CUUAUCGUGCUUCUCUCUUGCAUCCACCUGGAAACAUCUGAUUCCACCCACAAUCUUAUAUCUCAACCACGAGUAAUAAAUAAUAUGUCUCGCGUUCUUCUCACUGGUGGAAGUGGCUUUAUUGCCGCACAUACCCUUGAUGUACUGCUGGAGCACGGCCACUCUGUGGUCACGACAGUGCGAUCACAGGAGAAGGCAGACAAGAUCAAAGAGGCUCAUCCCAAUGUCGGCAAGGACAAAUUAGAUUUCGCCAUUGUGGAGGAUAUCGCGCAGCCUGAUGCCUUCGAAAAGGCGGUCGUUUCAGACCCGCCAUUCGAGAUUGUCUUGCACACGGCUUCGCCUUUCCAUUUUAAUGUCACGGAUGUUCAGAAGGAACUACUGGAUCCCGCUGUUAUUGGCACAACUGGAAUCCUGAAAUCUAUUAAGAAGCAUGCACCCACUGUGAAGAGGGUUGUCAUUACGUCUUCUUUUGCUGCUAUCCUCAGCCCCAAGACAGGUUUCGCUAAGGGUGUUACAUAUUCAGAAGAGAAUUGGAACGAUAUCACUACGGAAGAAGCGCUCCAAAAUCCACAGAAUGGUUACAGAGCCAGUAAGACAUUUGCAGAGAGAGCAGCAUGGGAUUUCGUGGAGAAAGAGAAGCCAAACUUCCAACUCUCAACCAUCAACCCUCCGUUGGUCUUCGGCCCGAUCGUGCACUAUCUCAAUUCCUUAGACGGCUUGAACACCUCAAACCAGCGUGUCCGUGAUAUCAUCCAAGGUAAAUCCAAGGCAGGGAUCCCCGCGACUGGUGUCUACAUAUGGGUCGAUGUUCGAGAUGUUGCCCUUGCGCAUGUCAAGGCGUUCGAAGCGCCAAACGCAGGAAACAAGCGUUUUUUCGUCACAGAAGGCGGACAUUUCAACAAUAGGUUGAUUGUGGAUAUCAUUCGGAAAAACUUCCCGGAGUACGAGUCUCAACUACCAAGCCCGGAUGUGAAGGGCGGUGAGUAUCCAGCGGAUGGUGUGUUCACAGCGAACAACAAGCAAUCGAUUGAAGUGCUUGGUUUGAAGUACAGGAAAUUUGAGGAUACUAUUGUUGACACGGUCAAAUCGCUGCAGAAUGUGGGAGCAUAGUUGGUCUGCACAGUGCAAAAUCUAAAGAGACAAGGUGUUAGCCCAUGAAGAAGAACGCAGGAACACAGAAAUGAAUUUGUUUGAGACAUCUCAUAUUGUUGAGCUUGACGGCUUUUUAUUGAACGUCAACGUGCAAUGCACUCAGAAGUUAUCGUUUGAAGAAAAAUAAUCAUUGCGAG